AUGAAGCGGCAGAACCUGCGCACGGUCUCGCUGAUCGUCUGCGUCUUCUCCUAUCUGCUGGUGGGCGCCGCCGUCUUCGAUGCGCUCGAGUCGGAGGCCGAGAUCGGCCACAAGCGCCUCCUGGAGCAGAAGCGGAGCGAUCUCCGGAGGAAGUACCGCUUCACCGCCGAGGACUAUCGGGAGUUCGAGCGGUUGGUGCUGCGCGCCGAGCCCCAUCGAGCCGGCAAGCAGUGGAGGUUCGCCGGCUCCUUCUAUUUCGCCAUCACGGUCAUCACCACGAUCGGCUACGGGCAUGCUGCCCCUGGGACAGAUGCUGGCAAAGUUUUCUGCAUGUUCUAUGCAAUCCUGGGCAUUCCCCUAACUCUGGUCAUGUUUCAAAGUCUUGGCGAGCGCAUGAACAUUCUCGUUCGGAUGGUGCUGAAGAAAAUAAAGAAGUGCCUGGGCAUGAGGCAGACGACUGUCUCCAUGAAGAACAUGGUUGCGGUUGGUUUCCUCUCCUGUAUGGGGACUCUGGGCAUUGGAGCAGCUGCCUUCUCCUAUUUUGAGGGCUGGACCUUCUUCCAUGCUUUUUAUUACUGCUUCAUAACAUUAACCACCAUUGGCUUUGGAGACUUUGUGGCUCUGCAGAAACAUGAAGCCUUGCAGAAGAAGCCCCCAUACGUAGCCUUUAGCUUCAUGUACAUCCUGGUGGGCUUGACGGUGAUUGGAGCUUUCCUUAACUUAGUCGUGUUUCGUUUUUUGAUUAUGAACUCGGAAGACGAGAGACGGGAUGAAGAAGAAAGGGCCUCCUUAAGGAGAGCCAGGAAUUACAUUAACCUGAAGCCCAGGGAAGAUAAUCGGAGCAGAAACGAUAUCCUGCUCCCCAUAGAAGACAGGACCAGUCAAAUGAACCUCAUUCCAUUGAUCCAAGAAGAUGCGGAGAGGCAGCGGGGCAGGUCUUCAAGCUCCACCACCAGAGUCCCGUCUUUUUGCACCUGUCUGUGUUACAGGCCACGGCUGAGCAGGAGCCCGGAUCCUUCCCACCCAGAGGCCUUCAACUGCCACACCAAUCUUGUUUAUUAUAAUUCUAUUUCUUACAAAAUCAUGGAAGUCUCUCUGGGUGGGAAGGACCACACUGGCUUGUCUUCCCCCAGAAGCACUCUGUCGUCCAAUAGCCCCAGCUGCCGGGAGCAUUCUCGCCUGCGGAGAAAGUCUAUCUGAAAUGUGCAUGCUCUUUUGGACACUCCCCGCCCCCCAAGCUCUUGAGCUGUGUUCUGUUACUGAACCUGUCUUUUGAUGAUAAAUUAUUAACUGAGA